AUGGAACGUUCGAACGCUUUUAGACCAAACUAUUACGGAACGACCUGCGCGGGGCACCGCUCUUAUUGCCCUCGAGCUAGGCAGAUAUCAACAAAAUUGCUCUGCCUGAAACUUGUCUGCUGGACGACAGAUUUCUGGUUGAAGUGGAGGCAGGAUACACAUUCUUUUGGAGAGGUUUAUCAGGCAAUGAUCCGCGGAUUCAUUAUACAGGAUCCGGAUCCAGAUAAAAAGCUGAACAUUAGAGCUUGCCAAAAUCUGAGAGCGCGGGAAAAACUUCAGGAAGAAUUUUUUAAACAUACACAAUAA